UGGUAGUGACGCACCUCACGCCCGGCGUGGCCGACUGGAACAUCGCCGUGCCCAUGCCGCCCAAGUGCAAGAACGCGCGCGUGACGGGCGUGGAGACGAGCGUGUGCGACGCGGACGAGCCGCCCGACGUGAGCAUGCCGGACCUGGUGUCGGCGCGCGUGCACCGGCGCGGCCAGCUGUCCAGCUACGCCACGGUGGACGUGACCGUGUACUGCGUGCUGCCGCCCAGCACGCCCUCGCCCGCCACCACCGCCUCCUCCCCGCUCGGGGCCUACGGCGCCGCGGGCGCGCCCGGCCUGCAGUACGGCGACGCACGCUCCUCUUACGAAGUGCUUUCUAAUGAACUCAUUUCCAAUGAGGUUGUAUCUGGUGAAGUGGCCUCCGGCGAAGUUGCUCCCGAUGGGUACACGUCGAACGAGCUUGUGCUAAAAGUAGUGACGCCCAUACCGAGCGUGGCGACCGUGCCGCCCGUCGAGACCUCCACCCCGCACAUACAACUGACCUCGCUCGUACAGUCAGUGGAACCGCCGGUACCUAAAGAGUCGCCACCGUCCAACGACAUGCAUCCGCAGUCUUACGAUAUCACAAUUAAGAUAAGACCGCCGUCAUAUGAUCCAAAUGACAAAGGAAAAGCAUUGACUUAUGAAGCAAGAUUACCAAUUUUGCCGCUCGAAAACGAAAAGCACGUUAUAGAAGUUGACUCAGUCCCUGAAAUACCAACGCCACCGAGAAAUUCCGGAAUAAUGUCACAGCCACCUGCUACGGGAGGAACAACAUCGGGCGCAUUAGGCCCACAGCCAGGCUCGUCCCAGACAGGGAUGUAUAUGCCUCCACACGGGUGGCACGGGCAUCCCCCUGGGGGCUCCAGCCUUCAGCCGGGGAUGUUCCUGCCGCCGCGGGGGCACCCCGUGCGGCCGCUGGGACUGCAGGUGCCGUCGCGGCCGGAGUCCCUCAUGCUGGCGCCUCAGUUCUCGUCCCUGUACGACGCUCUGCCGCCCACAAUCGUGGUCGCGCCGUUCCUCAGACCCGUUCGCCUCUUGAGUUCGCGGUUCGGGCUUUGGCCUAGACAGCGAUCGGUCAUAGUGUUUCCGCGGUUAUAAAUCAACCUCGCGACACACUAUAGUAAUUCAUGUUUUUUUAAGUGAUUAGGUUGCAAGUAA